AGGAGGCAUGAUCAAACGGUUAAUCUCAAAGUUAGGCUAUAUAAAAACGUUAGUUUAAAAACAGCAACUGCAUUCUCAGCCUACACACGUUCAAUGUUAUGCACUUCAAGCAAAGCACGCGGUUUAUCUGAACGGGCGCUGACAUUUAGGUUCCAGUCAGAGCAUUCAAGGUAAACUGAUCAGUCCGAGUAGUGUGAACUCGCUUCUUCUCUCCUCCGUUCCUUCCUUCCAUCCUUUCCUUUCCUUUACUGCGCUUAUCAGUUUGCCUUCACUGCUCUGGCAUAUUAUUAAACAUGACUCACCAAACAUAAAUUAAAUAUGACAAGCCUACUACAUUUUAGAGAUCAUAAAACUCUCAACUACAAAUGCAGGGUUUUUGUAGUUAAACUUUGUGCAGCUGUAAAAAAGGUAAAACAAAAAGUAGAAGAUAAAUAUUUUUCUCAGACAGACAAGUUAGUUUGGUUUUAAAAAUCGAAUUGCCGGCAAUAAUGAUACAAAAUAACAUCUGUUAAAGACAGUUAGCUUUAGAUCAUAAAAAUAAUGACCGAUAAAUGAUUCUGAAUGUUCAGCCUCCUUGUCCUCUGCAACAUGACAUUAGCCCACAGUUGUCAUAUGAGACAUGUGGUUUUCCUGUGAACAAGCUCCACAUCUGCUUUUCUAUUGAAACAUUUAUUCUUUGUCCCAGUCACUGCCACCAUCUUCUGUGAAGUCAGACUAACAGUAUGUAUGUAGCUGUCUAAAUAAUGACCUUGUUCAUCCCUGAUAUGGCUGGUCGCCUGUUUUUGCUCAUCCUCCUUUUCGAUACCUUCCAGUACAUCAAAGCCAAAGAUCUUCCUCGGCCCAGUCUAACAGUGAUUCCUGCAGUCAUCAAAGAGAGAGACUCAGUUCAGCUGAACUGUCAGACUCCUUCAUCUGUCUCUGAGUGUUACUUCAAAAUGGAAGGGCAAGUGGAAUUCACCCUACCAUCACCCUGUCAACAGACUCUCACAGGAACACUACUGGUGAGGUGGACAGGUCAGAGUUCACCAGCUGAGGUCAAAAUACAAUGUCAGUACAGUGCUACAGGUUCACAGUUUAGAUCCAUGUUCAGUGAGCCUUCAACAGUCACAAUUCAGGACCUUCCUCAGCUGACAGUGAGUUCUACAGUCAUCAGAGAGACAGAAUCAGUUCAGCUGAGUUGUGAGACUCCUCCAUCUCUCCCUGUGUCUCACUGUUACUUCUACAUAGAGGGGAGGAAGAAUCUUCCAGACUCAUUGUGUACGCAGACAAUAACAGGAACUCAGCUGCUGAAGAGGGCAGAUCAAACAUUUCCAGUUGUGGUCAAAGUGAAGUGUUACUAUGCUGUAUGGAAGUCUCACACAUCUCCGUUUAGUAACUCUGUCUCAGUCACUGUUCAGGACCCACCUCCUCCCAGGCUGACAGUCAGUUCUACAGUCAUCAGUGAGAGAACUCAGUUCAGCUGAGCUGUGACUCUCCUCCAUCUGUCUCUGUGUCUCAGUGUUACUUCUACACAGAGGGGAGAGAUCCUAAACCCUCACCCUGUACGAAGUCACUCACGGGGACU